AAAACGACAGUUACGGCGUCGAAGUUUGCGCCAUGGCAAUGGCAAGGAACAUCAGUGUGGAACUGCUCAGUGGCAAGAUUUACACCCUGGCAGUGCGGCCAGACAUGAACAUCGAAGAGUUGAAGGAGGAAGUGAAGGUCGGCUCAGGGCAAGCACCGUCCCAUGAAAAACUCUUUCUGAGUCUCAGCAGUUUUGAAAUCAGUAGAAGUUUAUGACUGUUUGGUUAAGUUUGGUUGAUAUAUUUUUUCCAUCCAGCAAUGGGAUAUGAUGGGGCCCAUUGACCGACCAUAUUCAGGGGGACGGCUCAACCACCAACCUGUGCGGUUGAUGCCGCCUUCCCCAGGUUUUUCAUCCAUCGGACGAUGAGCUAACCCAGCGACUUAGCACCGUGGAGCUUGUUGUUGAUGGGGAGAAGCUGCAUGAUCUCAAGAUGACCGUCUCAGAGUCUAUCCUCGACUCUGCCAAAGUGCAGGUUGUCUUCUACGUCAAGCCGGCACUUGAGUGUGCCAGCGGAUCUCGCUGCAAAGUGGAGGAGGUGCGUGACGUAUGCAUCCCCAGCACUGAAACAUGCAUCUGUCCCUUUGCCUUUACAGGAUGCCGUUGCUUGUUGCGACUCGUCAUCCCGGAGUCUGUGACUGCAAUUGGAGAUAGUGCUUUUCGUGAUUGCAGCUCGUUGAAAGGCUUAACCAUCCCGGAGUCUGUGACUAGAAUUGGCGAUGGUGCUUUUGCAAAUUGCAGAUCGUUGACAAGUUUGGCCAUCCCAGAGUCUGUGACUAGAAUUGGCGAUGGUGCUUUUGCAAAUUGCAGCUCGUUGACAAGUUUGACCAUCCCAGAGUCUGUGACUCAAAUUGGGGAAGGUGCUUUUCGUGACUGCACCUCUUUGACAAGUUUGACCAUCCCAGAGUCUGUGACUCAAAUUGGGGAAGCUGCUUUUCGUGACUGCAGCUCUUUGACGACUUUGAUCAUCCCGGAGUCUGUGACUCGAAUUGGACAUGAUGCUUUUGCAAAUUGCAGCUCGUUGACAGGCGUAACCAUCCCGGAAUCUGUGAUUUACAUUGGAAAUUCUGCUUUUCGUGACUGCACCUCUUUGACGAGUUUGACCAUCCCAGACUCUGUGACUCAAAUUGGGAAUGUUGCAUUCGCUGACCGCACCUCUUUGACAAAAGAUCGAGAAGAACAUCGUGGAUGGCUGCAGCUCUUGGACAAAUUCAACGCAUCCAAGUUUUGCCAAGCCGUCUAA